AUGGAUAAAGUAUCUGCCUUCGGAAAGAAUAUCUCGGCUUCAUUUACGCCGUUUGCCGCACGCACUCAGCAAUAUGUCAAGGAACAGCUUGGACAGGCUGAGGACAAGACUCAACUUCCCCCGGAUUACAUUGAGUUGGAGAAGCGGGUCGAUGCCUUGAAGCAGGUUCAUCAGAAGAUGCUGCAGGUUACUUCCCAAUACCAAAACGAAGCCUACGAUUACCCAGCGAACAUCAAGGAGUCCUUCGGAGACCUAGGCCGCACCGUCAGCGAGAAAGUCCACCUUUUGUCCUCCGCCACUACCCCCGCCGAAGCCCAAGCAGCAUUCACUGCCCCUCCCUCCGCAAAGCCUCAGCCCAAGACCUUCAACCAUGCUAUUGCCCGCGCCAGUCUGGCCAGCAGCCAGUUGCUGCAACAACAAAAUUCCGGCGCCGGGGAGGACCCCCUAUCCACAGCCCUUGAGAAGUACGCGUUGGCCAGCGAGCGUGUCGGAGAAGCCAGACUCGCCCAAGACUCCCAGAUCCAAAGCCGCUUUCUCGCAGGCUGGAGCACGACCUUGAACACCAACUUGAUGUUUGCUACUCGUGCGAGAAAGGGCGUCGAGAAUUCAAGACUGCUUCUCGAUGCUGCAAAGGCCAAGGCCAAGAACCCUGGAUGGCACUUGCCUGGCCAGGUCAAGACGGCUGAUGGCGCUGAUCAUGAAGAUACUUCCGAGGACGCUAGAGUUGAGAUUGAGCAGGCCGAGGAUGAGUUUGUUGGCCAGACCGAGGAGGCAGUUGGCGUUAUGAAGAAUGUCCUCGAUACCCCCGAGCCUCUCCGCAACCUUGCAGAUCUUAUCGCUGCUCAACUCGAGUUUCACAAGAAGGCCUACGAGAUCCUCAGCGAACUCGCGCCCGUCGUUGACGGCCUCCAGGUUGAGCAAGAAGUACGUCGUUCCGGAGAUUUCACUGCAUAA